UUAAAUCAUGGUAGGAUGUUUAGGAAUUAUUAAAGUUAUUGUUAUUAUGAUUUCAAACAUGUUAAUUAUGUUUUGGAGUAGUUUGAAAGUAGUUAUAUUGCUGGAAAUUCAAAGUAUGAUGCUUUGAAGAGUUUUCAACGAAUUUCAAUAAUUAACAUAAUAAAUAUGAUGCUAGGAAAUCAAAUAUUCAAGUUUCGAUAUUGGGAAAUGUUCUAAUUAUGUUUAGGAAGGGUUUGAAGCUCCCUAAUGUUGCUGAAAAUUCAAUAUGAAUUGAUAUGAGUCUAUAUUGGUUGUUGUUAGGUGGAGAAUUCUCCGUAGGCGACUUUUGAAUUAUUAAAGUGGUCUUGCAGUUUGUUUACACAAGUCUUUAAGGAUCAAUAAGCGUUGACCAUCUACAGGUUUGAAGAUGAUGCAUCAUUGGGAUCGGGAUUAGAGAGCUUGUAGUUCUAUUCGUUUAAUUAAGUGAUUUAAUUUGUUAACUUGGAUUUGAAAUUUGUCGUACUAUUCGUAUUUCCUUAAUUCAGUUAAUUGGUUUGGACCUAAUAUGUAAUAGAUUAUUUAUGAACCUAAAAGUUAGUUUUAUGUUUUCCGCUGCAAAAUUCUGAAUAAGCCGUAACGUUUUCACACGGGCGAUAAUGCCUUGAUAAUUCUCUACGUUUUAUAUUAAAAUGUUGUUUUAGAAAAGAGAGAAUUGUCGGGGUGUUACAAAGUGGUAUCUAGAAGCUAAGGUUUUACUUUAAUAAAUUUUUAGGCGCCUAACUAUCUAGUUAUUUAAAAUAAAUUUCUUAAAAAUCGAGAUUCUACGUAUUAUAGUGUUCAAAAAUUGGUACUUUUUUUUGGGGGGCCGAUUUCAUUUUACCUUGUUUGAAAGUAUACGAUAUUCCUUAUUUACGUUCGAAAUCAAAUUAUUUUUCCAAGUUAAAGUGAUACUUUGGACAUUUUUAUUUUUUUUAUUAUUUAUUAUUCAAACAAAUAAAUAAAAAUAAUAUGAAUACAUUUUUUUUUUAAAAAGGAGUUCAAUUUUUUUUUAAGUUGUUUCAAGAGUUAGAAUUCGUUAAUUAGGAAAUAUAAAUCUUUUCGAAUUAAUAACUUUAUUCUCGAAUUUAUUCGCUACGCAUUUUCUUAACUUAUUUCAUUUUAUUUAUGUUAUAUUUUUAUUUAUGUUAUUACUCUACGUUAUAAUUUUAUUAUAUUUUCGUCCUUUUAUUUCGUUAUAUAAAUGAUUCUAAUGCUUUAGUUUAUGAGAGAUGGGUAGUAUAAGAAGGGCAUAUAAGAUAGAAUUAUAUGUGCAUUAGUAGCUAGUCAAUGAUAAGAAAUUGAUUGUUAUGUAUGUGCAUGUGCUAAUUGUUUAAGUGUUACAUUUACAAGUGCAUAAAGAAUUGUUUGAUUCCACCAAACUUAUCGAUUACUGAACCUUGUUUAUGUUUUGGCUGGAAAAUCGUUAGUGAGACCUUGAAUUGUUUAUUUCAGGGAUAAAAUGUUUCUUUCCAAGUAUACCAAUAUAGGAUCCUUCGAGAAACUUGAUAUAGAAACCCCAGAUAUUUAUGUGAAGAAAAUUGUGUUUGGAUGUGAAUAUUAUGCUAAGGUUCAAGGGCAACCUAUCUUAAUGAGAAAGGAUAUCAUAGCAGCCACUAUCAUUAAUUGCUUACCUAACAAAUUUCCAUACCUAGAACUCAAGGAAAAGUUUAAAGACAUGCAUUCUGAUAAUGGAACUCCAAACUUGGCUAAGUAUGGAACUUGGGAUGGUAGAUGGAAAUAUGAUUCAGAAAUUCUGACCACCGUUAUUGAAGCGGCAGAAAGUGGGUUUAGAGACGGUAAAAUCGUAGGGAGUCAUGUUGGGGAUUCAGUUACAGAAGAACCUAUGGGAAUUAGUGUAAAUAAUGACCUAGAGGAAAAUGAUGUAGCUGUGGAGAAUGAGAAUGUAGGUGUUGAGGCCGAGAAUCCUAACCCAGCGGCUCAUGAGCCAACCAUUGAGAUCUCUAGUGAUUCGGAUGCAGAGCUCGAAAGUGAACAGGAGAUGGCAAGUGAGCCUAAUCAAGAUGAAGACAUGGGUGAAGAUGCAAACCCUGAGGAAGACCCCGAUGAAGACCCUGAAGAGGAGUUUGAUGAUCUUGAGAUCUAAAUUUCACUCCGCAAGUUUCAGGAGCAAUGGAUAGGCAAGAGGCCACAAAUAUUUUGAAGUCAUAAAUAGUUAAUUAGCUCUUUUAUGUUUUAAAAGAAUAAGUAGCAAAGCUACAACAGUUUAAGGUUAAAGUUUAUUGAAGUUUGAAAUGUUCUUUAUUAUUUUCAAGGAUAUAAUAAACCUUUAUAGAGUCAGCAAUAGAAGUUAAAGUAUUUUUUUUUCCAAUUUGGGAAUUCCAUAAUUCGCCAACAGUAGUUUAAAUUUAUGUCAUAGAACCUUUACUUUAUUUUAGGACAAACUCGAUGUUACGAUUUAGGAAGUGUUAUCAACAUUUUGUUUCGAGGAAUAAAGCUAGAUUAUAGAUAAUCCAAAUGAUCAUGAGUUUAUUUUGGGCACCCGAAUGGGAAUAUUAUUACUUAUUUGUUGUGAUUGAACUUCCAUUCAUUGGUUUUCAAAUUGUAUGUCCUUGAUGGGGAUAUUUUCUUGAAUGAGUGACGAUGAUUGCUCUAUUAUUGGUGUACAUUCUUGAAUAAGUGUUUGUUGAUGCGAUCUCUAUGAUCAAAUCUAAAUUUCUUUCGUAGAGGGGAAAUAUGAGUUAUGGAUCGUAGAGUAAUUAAUUUUAGGUCGCACACUAGAAUGUCAAGCAAUAAUGACUUAGUUGUUGCUGUUCGCCUCUUGACGGAAAAGAUGAUCCAAGAGAGAAUUGAGCGUCCCGAUUCUGCUGGGGACAUGUUUAAAAAGACUAGCCAAAGUUAAGUCACCAUACUUUAAGGG